AUGGGAAACAACAGUUCCCACAAGAGGACCAAGAUGCCCAAGCAGGCCUGUAAGGAGAAGCCACCUGACACGGACAAGUCCUGGCAGAAGCAGUUCUUCAACCACCUCAAGUGGAAGAAGUCUAAUAGCAAGAUUGUAUUGCUUUUCCAGCUGGACAAAAGGCAGCCGCCGGCCGAGGUGGCGACAGGCCCCGGCGCGCGGACUAGACGCUCGGGGGAGGCCGCGACUGGCCCUGCAGGGGACUGCCAGGCGGUUCCGCCCAUGCUGCUAGGAGCCGGCGACAGCGCACUCUCCCCGAAGACGAAUGAGAUGCUGAUCUUGGUGCUGCUACUGCUGCUGGACGCGCGGAUGCAAGCGGAAGGGCUCCGCGCGGCGGCCGAGGGCGGCGCCGGCGCGGAGGGCGGGGCCCGGACCGAGGCGGCGCAGAGUUGGCCCCGCCUCUUCGAGCCCCUGCUGGCCGCGAGCGAGGCUGACAGUGAGGCCGCAGGGCAGCCGCGCAAGUGGUGUCGCUGCCCGCACCGGCGCCUCUGA